AUGCACGAGUUUGCCCUCUACGGCCAAGUGCGCAAGAAUGACCACCGUCGAAUGCUCCAGCAACUAGCCGGAUUCGCACGUAUGCAACCCCAAGAUGCUAAAGAGAUUCACCUGGUCUUCAAGGCGCGCCAGCCUCCUGGAGUCGAUCUCGUCCAGUCUAUUGGUGCAUCUCAUUUGGCGAGCCAGCAACAGCAGGAUAUGCAGCGUGUUAAGAACAUGCUCAAUGCUGGCCUCUACUACGUCCAACUAGUUGGUGAGGUCUCGUCGGAGAGACACCCUAGACUUGCAGGAAAUGGCGACGUGACCAUGGCAGAUGGCAGUAAUGGCCAAAAUGCACAAGAGUCAAGGGUGAGCUGGUCGUUUGAAUUCAAGGACACUCCAGAUGCGGGCAAGCAGGCAGUGAGCUCAAGGCUGAUAUCCAGGACGUCAAUGACUGACGGCGACUUUGUCAAGUUUCUGGACCAGUUUGGCUAUGACUAUGUUUCGCGCUACAUGGUUGUUGGGUCAAGGUUCUAUGAUCACGAUACCACCAUUUUCCUACACAAAGUACUACAACUCCCCCAAAUAGCUGCAGAUGAAGCUAUCUCCGACAGAUCGUUCUUAUCGAACAUUGACCGCCUCCCCGAGCUGGAUAGCUCUGGUGGAUAUGCCCUCCAGGCAUCGAUUGAUGUGGUUGAUGGAAACAACCCAGAGCUUAAAGAGCGAGCAACUAGGCAACUACUGGCCAUCAAGGAAGCGUUGAGGCAGGCAGUCGAUCUGUCACCGGGCGACAGAUUGGCUCUGGAUACGCGGCUACCUAUCACUUCACGUAGAACUUGA